AAUGUCGAAGCGGUGAUCACAGAAGACAACGUGCAGCUCGUAGUUUGCGAUAGUCCAGGAACGAUAGGAUUGCGGCACGCGAAAGCAACCAUGGGUCGCAGCCAAGAUGAUAUUAUCCUUCCCGGUCCAGAAACAGCACUCCAACGAGCCGAGCACAUUCUUGUUGUACAGGACGCUACAGCUCCAGGAGACUAUAUACAUCAUCGCGUAAUGCAUUUGCUUCAUCGGCAUUCGCACAUACCUUCAUCGCUUGUGAUCAACAAAGUCGAUCUUGUGUCACAACGUAGCGAUUUGCUUGAACUUACUCGCAUACUUACGAAUGGGCGAUUUUGA